AUGCUAAGAGCAGUAAGACCCGCAUUAAUCCGUCGAUCGUUGACAAAUAUCGACAAGGCGGAAUUCGUGAAGCUUUCCGUCGACCCUAAUGUUGUCGUCAUUGACGUGCGCGACAUCAACGAGGUCAAAGGUGGCACCAUUCCAGCCGCUAAUUGGAAUCACAUCGCCCUUGGCGAGUUCCCAGAUUUGGAGGGCCUAAAUGACAAAAACUUCGAAUUGCUCUUUGAUUUCCCAAAACCUAAAGAUGACCAAAAAGUUGUUUUCUACUGCAUGAGUGGGAGGAGAUCCCAUCGCGCUGCUCAUUUGUGGGAGACCUUCUUCAACUCGCAAAAUGGUUAUAAUUACACAGGCGGCUGGAAAGAGUGGAACGAGAGCUGGGGCGAAGUCGAGUGGAAGAAAUGGAGCCAAGCUACUGGCUUUCCUCUUGCAUAA